UCACUCUGGUUUAUUAUUACUUGUUGAUUCUUCUGAUGAUUAUGUUGAUCAAAUCAUGUCUGCUCAUCUGAUUAAUAAAGUAACGAGAGACAGAAGCUUAUCAACUCAUCCACACCCUCUUUUAACAAAUGAUGAAAUAAUUGAGAUACUUUCAUUUUGUUCCAGUAUUGAUGUUACAAUACAAUCAGAUGCUCAUCAGUUAUUAACUAGUUAUUAUGUUGCUAGUAGGAGACUCAGAGGUAGUGACACUCCUCUCACUGCACUGAAUACACUUAUAUCGUUGUCAGUAUCACAUGCUAAGCUAAAUUUACAGAAUAUAGCUACAAUCAAUGAUUCAUUGUUAUCAAUAUUAAUAUACGAACAAUCACUGAUACAUAGAUAUGGUCAUUCUGCUCUUUAUAUAAAGCCAUUUUUACAUUUCAAAGAGCAAGACUCAAUUAUUAAUUUUGAUCAUUAUAUGAAGGAGUUUAGUGUACAAGUUCAUUCAUUUAUUAAUAGUCACAGCUCUAAUGUCCAUAUACAAACAGAAGAAUAACUAAUAUUAAUUAUUACAGUAUUAUGCAUAAGAUGUACAGAUCGAAGUGUU